AUGUCGAAUCUCUACGCUUAUGGUCGCUUGGCUUGGAAUCCGGCCGACGAUGCUCAAGAUAUUCUGCAAGAUUGGAUCAGACUAACCUUUGGGCUGGAUCGCAAGGUACUCGAUACUAUUACUCGCAUGUCCAUGGAAUCGUGGCCCGCCUAUGAACAAUAUAGCGGGAAUUUAGGCAUUCAGACAUUAACGGACAUUCUAUACACCCAUUAUGGUCCCAAUCCUGCAUCUCAAGACAAUAAUGGCUGGGGCCAGUGGACCCGCGCAGACGAAACGACCAUUGGAAUGGAUCGGACUGUGGCAAAUGGCACGGGUUAUUCGGGCCAGUAUCCAGAUGAACUCGCCGCCAUGUACGAGAGCAUCGAUACCACUCCGGACGAUCUCCUACUAUGGUUCCAUCAUGUCAACUAUACCCAUCGUCUACACUCGGGAAAAACUGUUAUCCAGCAUUUCUACGAUGAACACUACACCGGAGCCGAGACAGCACAGACCUUCCUCACACAGUGGGAAUCACUCUAUGGAAAAAUUGACGAUGAGCGAUAUAACCACGUCCGGCGCUUCCUAGACUACCAGGGUGGCCACUCGAUUGUCUGGCGCGACGCGAUCAAUGACUUUUACUAUAAUCUCUCUGGGAUCCCUGAUCAGGCUAAGCGUGUCGGCCACCACCCAUGGCGCAUUGAAGCCGAGGAUAUGAAACUAGAGGGCUACAAGGCUUACAAUGUUAGUCCAUUCGAAACAGCCUCCGGUUCCGUUGCGGUUGUUACAGCCUCCAAUAGUACUGCCAGCUUUGCUUCAACGAGAAUCAACUUUGCUUCUGGCACCUAUGAUCUCGCUGUGAAUUACUAUGACCUCUAUGGUGGCCAGUCACAGUGGAAGGUUUACCUUAAUGAUCGAAAAAUCGGACAAUGGGUUGGCAACAGUGAGGAUACUCUGAGUCACACGCCCUCAGUUUAUUUGGAUGGACAUUCGGCAACGCGUAUCACGUUCCGCGGCGUUCAGGUUCGGAAGGGUGACAUCUUGAAGAUUGUCGGCGUGCCUCAUGGUAUUGAACUGGCACCAUUGGACUAUGUGGCUUUUCUUCCAGCCGGUAUUGUAGAUUGA